AUGCUAAACGCCCUUGAGGAAACCGCCGACGAGAUGGAGUAUGGUGUUCGCUACACGGAUGGACCAGCUCCAGCUGAAAGCUCAGCUGGAUAUGUCUCAAGGACCUCGUCACCGUCAUUCACGAAACAUGAAAACAUCUUGGAUGACAAUGGGAAGGAACCGAAACGAGUGGAAGAGAUGUUAAGGCCCGCACAUCCACGUCACGUGAUUUACUAA